AUGCGGAAUCAAGCUGAUAUGAGAGAAAGUUCGAAUACUUCACAAUGCAAAUAUUUAUCUCAGCUAUAUGUUGUACCUGCAGUUGAUGCUGUCGAAGCGGGCAAAGGCCAACUUGAGAUUAGCGUCAACCAAGGUCGAGUACCAAACAAUGUGCAAAUGCAAGGUGCAGGUCGAUGCUUGGUUACGUUCAUACCACAGUAUCCUGGAAAAUAUGUCAUCGAUGUGACAUUCAAUGGAGAACAAGUUCAAGGAUGCCCCAUUCAAGUGGAUAUUCUACCCAAACAGGUUGGAAAAAGUGUCUCAACUCCAAUCGUUUCUCAACAGACAACUACAAUAAUGCCUCCAGGUAUUUAUUUAAUACAUCUCGAACAAAUUUAUAAAAUCGAGAAAUCUUUAAAACGGAUUAACUUUCACAUCAUUUUUUAA